UUUCUUCUUGCUGGAAAAUAAGCAUUGAACUCAGUUUUUGACUCUAAGACACAAUGUGUAAACUUUAGUUAUACCUUUGCCUUUCUGAGGAUCUAAAAUGCUGGCGGAUAAAUGCUGAAAAGCAAUGAGACUGACUGUGUUUCUGAAAGAGUGGGAAAAGGAGUGGUUCACUUAAAACAGGAUGGGUGGAGCUGUAGUUUAAUAGAGCUAGUCGGGUACUCCAGUCAAGACAGAAGAUACAUGAGGAAUGAAGUUGGGCUUCUUUUUCUCCCGGUAUUUUGAAAACAACUCCACCCUCUCUAUAAAGGCGCAGAUUGCAACCUAGCAGGGAGUGUGGUUUUCCCUGGAAUCUGAACCAGCCAUGGCUGGGACACUGGAGAAGAAGAAGAGUAACCCGAGUGGCAGUAGCUGUGACAUUCGAGGCUGGAGGAAAUUUCAGCACCCAGUUACCAGCUCUCCUGAGCGGCCGGUGGCGGUGUGGGGCAUGGCAGCAGUGUGGCAACAAGUGCUGGCUGUAGAUGCACGAUAUAACGCAUACCGCACCCCAAAUUUCCCUCAGUUCCGUACACAAUACAUCCGCAGACGAAGCCAGUUGCUGCGGGAUAACGCUAAAGCAGGCUUCGAUCCCUUGCUUCGUAAACAAUACCUGCGGCUACGCAGUCAGCUUCUGGCCCAGCGCUACGGCCCACUCUCAGAACAGAGCAGCUUUCGAGCCUACAGCAACAGCAUCGUCCGAAGCAGUCGCACUACACUUGAUCGCAUGGAGGAUUUUGAUGAUGACCCAAGAGCACUGGGUGCCCGAGGCCACCGCCGCUCUGUCAGCCGAGGUUCCUAUCAGCUGCAAGCUCAAAUGAACCGAGCCGUCUACGAUGAAAGAUCACCAGGGAGUGUUGUCCCCACUUCAGUGGCAGAAGCUAGUCGUGCUAUGGCUGGAGAUACUACACUAAGUGAGAACUAUGCCUUUGCUGGCAUGUAUCAUAUCUUUGACCAGCACGUGGAUGAAGCAGUGCCCAAAGUUCAGUUUGCCAACGACGACAAACACCUACUAGCCUGCUGCUCUUUAGAUGGCGCCAUUUCGGUGUGUCAGUUAGUACCCACUCCCCCUGUGGUGCUUCGAGUGUUGAAAGGACAUAGCCGUGGUGUAUCGGACUUUGCUUGGUCUCUCUCCAAUGACGUUAUAGUUUCCACUUCACUUGAUGCCACAAUGCGCAUUUGGGCUACAGAGGAUGGCAAGUGUAUCCGGGAAAUCCCAGAUCCAGAUGCUUCUGAGCUACUUUGCUGUACUUUUCAACCUAUGAAUAAUAAUCUCACAGUGGUGGGAAAUGGAAAACACAACCUCCAUGUGAUGAACAUCUCAACAGGGAAAAAAGUGAAGGGUGGCUCAAGCAAACUAACAGGCCGAGUCCUCUCUCUCUCCUUUGAUUCUCCUGGGCGUAUCCUCUGGGCAGGAGAUGACAAAGGCAGCAUAUUCUCAUUCCUCUUUGACAUGGCAACAGGAAAACUGACCAAAGCCAAGCGCCUCAUAGUUAAUGAAGGAAGUUCUAUCACCAGUAUCUCAGCUCGUUCCUGGAUCAGCAGAGAAGCACGCGAUCCCUCUCUCCUCAUUAAUGCAUGUAUUAACAAGCUAUUAUUAUAUAGGGUAGUGGAUAAUGAAGGAACAUUGCAGCUUAAGAGAAGUUUCCAAAUACAACAGAGCUCACAUCCUGUCCACAGCAUUUUCUGCCCCCUCAUGUCUUUUCGUCAAGGCGCUUGCAUUGUGACUGGAAGUGAAGAUAUGUGUGUGUAUUUCUUUGAUGUGGAACGGGCUACCAAAGCUAUCGUUAACAAACUUCAAGGACAUAGCGCUGCAGUCUUGGAUGUCAGCUUUAACUGUGAUGAGAGUCUCUUGGCAUCCAGUGAUGCCAAAGGCAUGGUGAUUGUCUGGAAAAGAGAACAGAAGUAGCAUAUUUUCCUGUGAUAAGUUAAAGGAAAAAUACAUACAAGACGCUGCUUUGAGGACAACGGACAAAGAGGAUUAAAAGAUCCAAUCUUUCUUCCAAUUGUUGGUUUAUGUCUUCUUCAUCCUGGAACACACUGCACAUACUUCCAUAAUACAGUGAGACCACUGCUGUUGUCCUUUUCAGUUGGUGAGAUUUUGUACAGCUUACAAAGGAUUCCACUUAACCCUGUGAA